GAUCUUUUGUAUUUGUGUUUCCCAGUUUUUGCACUUUAACAGCUUCCAGAUAACGAUGAACUGCCCAUCAUCUGGAUCCCAGGGCAACUGUACAUGGCCUUGCCAGAGCACUCAGCAACCUGGGGCACCAGUGUGGCCCAGUCAACCAUACCAGCCUUUCUGGCCCUAUCAGCCCAACCAGGCUAACUGGCCUGGAAUGCAGCCUACUGUACCAAACUGGCCAGCUUACCAGCCAAUACCACCCACCCAGGCAGUUUGGCCAAGUCCUCCACAAACUGGACCUAGCCAACCACUGCUACCAAGUCAACCAAGCCAACCCAUCUCACCAAGCCAACCAAUGCCACCAAGUCAACCGAUCUCUCCAAGCCAACCAAUGCCACCAAGUCAGCCAAGCCAGGCAAUGCCACCAAGCUGGCCUUCACAACUCCCCAACCCCAUUCCAUCAUCAUGGAAUGGAAACCCUGGUCAGCCCGGAUGGCCUAAUCAGGGCCCCACUGGAGUUCAACAGCAUUCAUGGCCACCUGCCCCACCCACGGGGCCUGUGUCUGUGCCUUUCAACAUGAAUUUUCCCCGAGGCAUCUAUGAUAAGCUGAUGCUUACAAUCAAAGGACAAGUGAAGCCUGAUGCAAAAAUGUUUACUGUUAAUUUCGUGCGUGGUAAUGACAUCGCCUUGCAUAUCAACCCACGCUUCAAUGAGGGUGGGAAGCAGGUCCUUGUUCGCAACCACAAGCUGGGAGAUCAGUGGGGACAUGAGGAGAGAACUCUCCAAGCACCAUUUCCCUUUGCAGCAGGACAAUACUUUGAUAUGAAGAUCCUCUGUACAGUCAAUGAAUUCAAAGUGGCAGUCAAUAACACACCUGUAUUUGACUUCAAGCACCGCAUCAAAGAGGUGAACCAGAUUGAUCGUAUCAACAUCCUGCAUGAUUUAUAUCUUACAUCUGUCAAUGUGGACACUCUUCCCUGAGACACUGAUGCAUAACUGCGACAGUUCCCUUACUCUAUCAGCAUUGCAUAUGAAUAAGGUUCAGGAACGCCAGUGUUGAUUCGUCUGUCUUUAACACAAUGUUUGUGCAUUUAUUUUGGACACUAUGCAAGUGUUUCCAUUCACAGAAUGUUUUGCAAAAUAAUGGCACAGACUCUUGCAAUUCCUAAUUUGAUGACCGUCUUGUUGAAACAGACUUUUUCCUUAA